UGCUGCGCCGAUUGGGGCGCUCGAUUCGGGGAAGAGAGAUGUCGUGCUUGUUGGAGGCCCCUCUCCGCAUCAGUGUGCUAUCUGAAGUCACUGCCACUAGCCGCCAUUAUGUUGACAGACUGUUCGACCCCGACCCACAGAAAGUGCUUCAGGGAGUCGUUGACAUGAAGAAUGCUGUUAUAGGAAACAACAAGCAGAAGGCCAAUCUGAUUGUCCUUGGAGCUGUGCCCAGGUUACUGUACCUGCUCCAGCAGAGCUCAUCCAGUCUGGAGCUACGGACCGAGUGUGCCGUAGUGCUAGGCAGCCUGGCCAUGGGCACCGAGAACAACAUCAAGUCCUUGGUGGACUGUCACAUCAUCCCUGCUCUUCUUCAAGGUCUCCUGUGUCCAGAUCUGAUCUUCAUUGAAGCUUGUCUUCGAUGCCUCAGAACGGUUUUCAUCAGUCCUGUCACCCCUGUGCAGCUGCUCUAUACUGACCCCACUGUGAUUCCCCACCUGAUGUCUCUAUUGAGCCGCUCACAAAGAACGCAGGAGUACAUCACACAGAUCUUCUCCCACUGUUGUAAGACCCCAGAGCACCAGACGGUUCUUUUCAACCAUGGUGCUAUCCAGAACAUUGCCCCUCUGCUUAAUUCACCCUCUUAUAAGGUCCGGAUGCAGGCGUUAAAGUGUUUCUCAGUCCUGGCCUAUGAGAACACUCAGGUCUCAGUGACACUGGUGAAUGUGCUGGUGGAUGGCGAGCUGCUUUCUCAGGUAUUUGUCAGAAUGAUGCAAAGGGAUCAGCCCAUUGAAAUGCAGCUAACAGCAGGCAAAUGUUUAACAUACAUGUGUCGAGCAGGUGCCAUCAGGACAGAUGACAGCUGCAUAGUCCUAAAGACGCUGCCAUGCCUCGUGCGAAUGUGCAGUAAAGAGCAUCUGCUUGAGGAGAGGGUGGAGGGUGCAGAGACACUGGCCUACCUGAUGGAGCCCGAUGUCGAGCUGCAGAGGAUUGCCAGCACCACUGACCACCUGGUGGCCAUGCUGGCUGACUACUUCAAAUACCCCAGCUCUGUGUCAGCCAUCACUGACAUCAAAAGGCUGGACCAUGACCUGAAACAUGCACACGAGCUGAGACAAGCUGCUUUCAAACUUUAUGCCUCGUUAGGCUCAAACGAUGAGGACAUCCGCAAAAAGAUCACAGAGACAGAGAACAUGAUGGACAGAAUAGUCAGCGGAUUAUCAGAAUCGAGCAUUAAAGUCCGUUUAGCAGCUGUCAGGUGCCUUCACAGUCUUUCACGAUCGGUGCAGCAGCUGAGGACCAGCUUCCACGACCACGCUGUGUGGAAGCCCCUCAUGAAGUUGUUGCAGAAUGCCCCAGAUGAAGUCCUGGUCAUGGCAUCCUCUACACUAUGCAAUUUACUACUGGAGUUCUCACCCAGCAAAGAGCCCAUCCUGGAGUCAGGGGUGAUUGAAUUACUAUGCAGCCUGACCCAAAGUGACAGUCCUGCACUGAGGGUCAAUGGAAUCUGGGCUCUUAUGAACAUGGCGUUCCAGGCAGAUCAGAAGGUGAAGGUGGAGAUAGUUCGGUGCUUGGGUACAGAACAGUUGUUCCGCCUGCUGUCAGACCCCGACACCAAUGUACUCAUGAAGACCCUUGGUUUGCUGCGCAAUCUGCUGUCAACACGUCCGCACAUUGACCAGAUCAUGAGCUCUCAUGGGAAGCAGAUCAUGCAGGCAGUGACCCUCAUCCUGGAAGCAGAGCACAGUAUAGAGGUCAAAGAACAGACGCUGUGCAUUCUAGCAAACAUUGCCGAUGGAAACACGGCCAAGGAACUCAUCAUGACCAAUGACGACAUGCUCCAAAAAAUCAAAUACUACAUGGGGCAUUCGAAUGUGAAGCUGCAGCUCGCUGCCACUUUCUGCAUCUCGAACCUUAUCUGGAACGAGGAGGACGGUUCUCAGGAGCGUCAGGACAAGCUGAGGGAGAUGGGCUUUGUGGACAUUCUGCACAAACUCACCCAGGCCUCUGACUCCAACCUUAGCGACAGGGCGAAGACGGCACUGCAGCAGUACCUAGCGUGACCUCUACUGACAGCCUAACAAUCCCCGGGAGGACGCCUGCCACUGGUUCUGCUUUCUUUUUGAUUUAAUCUUCAGGCUUCUUUUGUUGCACGACGACACCUUUUGUGGACCUGUGACCGGCCUCCCCUCACACCCCCACUCAGUACCACCAACUUGACAGACUUGUUCACUCCAGACCUGAUCCUGGAGAGUUUGAUGCUGUGGUUGUUGAGAAAACAACGGUUUGGAGGGUUUUGCUUGUUUUUCCUGUUUAUUUUCUUCAUCAGUGAUGAAGCAAUUUUUUUUUUUUUUUCCUAUUUGGGACUUUUUUUUCCUGUCUCUUGGAGUGCAGCAGCCUGGCCGCACCGCCCUGGUGCUUUUGGACUCCUGACUGUGGGGCUUCUGGUCUCGGAGAACCAGACGACGAACAUCUGACAUGAGCACGGCUGUGAGACAGCUAAGCUUUGCAGUUUUGUUUUUGAAUUUUUAAUUCUAAUGAUAUUAAAGUUUCCUUAAUGCAAGAAAGAACACAUUUAGAGAAACACAAACUGCCUAUUUUGGGUGUUUUCUGUUUUUUGUGGAUACAU